UUGGCAGUAUGUAGGGAGAGAGAACGGGAGAGGGUUAGAGGUGGAGCUGAGAUUGUUACCUCUGUUUCGAAUGGGGCAGUCACAAUCGUCUAUCAAAACGUCAACACAUUUCAGUGUGGUUCAUGGACAUAUCAAAGCGAUGUGGUAAACUUCCUGGUCGACAAAGACGAGAUCGACCUCGGUGACUUCUACGACAAUCAGGAGUGGUUGCUGAUGGACGCGCGACUACGCAAUGGUACCACUCGAAUGCAGGAGAACUCCAACGAGAGCGUAGCUAUGGUAUCAAUGAGACUGAGUCUCAAAACGCAGAAGCUUCUACUAUGUUUUCAAUUUGGUCUUUCCCACUACAUUGGUUUCACUGGUAGCCGUCAUUGGAUUCCAUGCUCCCAUCAAUGCAACGGGGAGGCGAGAAAGCAAAUUCAGGCUAGGAAUAAUGACACUGCUGUCAAUGUCCGUUAUGUUGCUGAUGUUGGUGGGCGAAAUGAAGUUUGCUAUGGAAAGCGUGCCGGGUCAGCGAGGGUCAUUCAGCGAUGUGCCAUUACUUGGAAUAUACUACAUGAGCUUGAUCUUCAUCAUUAG